GACGACUGCGCCGAUGCUCCAUGUGCCCUCAACGCCACAUGUGUGGAUUUGAUCAACGACUACAAGUGCGAGUGUCCGACAGGAUUCAAUGGAAAGCGGUGUCAUAUUAAAGACAACCUGUGCGCCUCCUCCCCCUGCGUCCACGGUCUCUGCAUCGACAAACUCUACUCCCGAGAGUGCCUCUGCGAACCCGGCUGGUCCGGCGACAACUGCGACAUCAAUAUCGACGAAUGCGCCGACUCCCCCUGCCACAACGACGCCAAGUGCCACGACGAGAUCAACGGCUACAAAUGCGAGUGUGCUGAUGGAUACGAGGGUGUUCAUUGCCAACAUCUAGUCGACCAUUGCUCAAAGAACCCCUGUCACAACAAUGCCACAUGCACCAAUAUGGGACCAACCUACCAUUGUGAUUGCUCUCUAGGGUUUGAUGGGGUACACUGUGAGAUGAAUGUGGAUGAGUGUGCUCAAAACCAAUGUGAGCCCUCUGGAACCGAGAGUUGUCGAGAUGGAAUCAACGAAUUCAAGUGCGUGUGCAAGCCAGGCUACACCGGACCUCUCUGCGGCACCAAACAAGACCAAUGUGCCGAUUCUCCAUGCCUCAACGAUGCCCAAUGCGUGGACCUGGGUGGAUCCUUCAAAUGCGUCUGCAAACAAGGCUGGACCGGACCAAAAUGCGAACAAGACAAUGGAUCCUGCGCCGCGAAGCCUUGCAGGAACAAUGGUUAUUGUGUAGGACUUGUAGGAGACUACUUCUGCGUGUGUCCCCCAGGUGUCAGUGGAAAGAACUGUGAGACUGCUCCGAAUAGAUGUAUCGGAGCCCCAUGUCAUAAUGGUGGAGAGUGUGGCGAUUUCGGGAGCCAUCUAGAGUGCAGCUGUCCCGCAGGAUUCACAGGAAAGGGGUGUGAAUUCAGGAACACCGGAUGUGGUGCGGAUUCUUGUAAGAACGGAGGAGUCUGCGAGGAAGCUGGAUCUCUGAAGAAAUGCUCCUGCCAGCCUGGCUUCACCGGCGAGCACUGUGAAACCAACAUCGAUGAAUGCCAAACCACCCGCUGCCCAUCUGGAUCCCAAUGUUUGGAUCAAAUAAAUCAUGCUAUCUGCCAAUGUCCCUUCAAUCUAACCGGAGUACAUUGCGACAAAAUGAUCAAUACCAAUUACGAUCUACAGUUCCUGGACCCCUUCCGCCCUACCACUGCUAGCCUUUAUGCUCCAUUUAGGAUAGAGUCCAGCGCUUUAUCAGUUGGUCUCUGGGUGAAAUUUGAGAAGCCACACCAGCCGGCAAGCUUCUUCAGGCUGCACAGCUUCCAGAAUGGAUCUCAGACGCUUCUAGAAGUAUCUUCCAGUUCUGUAAAACUCUCUUUGUUCCCCUCCGACACCAUCGAGGUCCCCUUCUCCACUUCCCAGUCUCUCAACAAUGGAAAAUGGAAUCACCUUCUUAUCACCUGGAAAUCCACCACUGGCGCCUACUCAGUCAUCUGGAACUCGCUUCGAAUCUACUCCAACACUGGAUACGCCCCCGGGAAGCAGUUAGAUGUGCAGGCAGGCGUUACCCUAGGAUCUGGAGCACUUCCAAGCUUCGUAGGAUCCAUCGCCAGAGUUGGGGUAUGGAACAGAGUGAUUGAUUUUGAGGAGGAGCUUCCGCUGAUGGUUCAGCAUUGUCAGCGAUCCGAGGAAGUUUAUAAGGGGCUUCUAGUGAGGUUUGAAGGCUACAGUAAGAUUCAGGGAAGAGUGGAGAAGACGCAUAAGUCGACUUGUGGAAUGGAAGAGGGUCCCAAGAACCUUCAACCUCAUGGAGGAAAGAUCCUUGUAGAAGAUUGCCCAUCAGAUCUAGUGAUAUCUUCCCUGGAUCGAGAGACCAAUGUGACCUGGCCAGAACCAAGCUUCCUAAGCUCCGCCUCCAAGAUAGAGAAGAUUGAGAAGAACCUAAAGCAGGGUCAAAUGUUCACCUGGGGAGAAUACGACGUACUGUACAUCGCAACGGAUAAUCAGACCAAUCAAGCCCAGUGUAACUUCAAAAUCCGCGUCGGGAAGGAGAAUUGUGUGGAUGCGGCGGAUCCGGUCAAUGGUGUUCAGAGUUGCGAGUCGUGGGGACCACAGUUGAAGUACAAAGCGUGCUCUAUUGAGUGUCGAGAUGGAUUUGAGUUCCCACGGGGUCCGGCGGUGUUUUACACUUGUGCGGCUGAUGGGAAAUGGAAGCCGAAUAAGAGUCCGAGCACCAUGUUCAGAUAUCCGCAGUGUACUAAACACGUCCCAGCCACCAAGGUCGUCAUCGUUCGAAUCAUCUACGGAAGCUCUCCGGCUUGCACUGAAUCCUCAAAAGAAGCAUUUACCCAAAAAGUGCUCCAAACUAUCAAUGCAAUCGAUACCAAGUGGAAGAUGUGCUCUUUGACUGACAUAAAUGGCUGCGUUGGCACACAGGUUCGUGUGGAGUGCGGUGGACCACCCCUACCUCCUUCGAGACGACGUCGUGAGUCAGAAUCAAUUCUCGCCUCGACAUUUGGUGUCGAAAUCGAGAUUCCUGUGAAACGACGUCUUCUGACGGAUCCAUCAACCGGGCAAGAGACAACGAUUCGAGAUGCGUUGCACAAUGAGAUUCAAUCAGGAGUUUUAAACUUUGAGAAGGUUCUACCGAACGGACGGCCAGAUGUGGGAAGUUUGAAGAUCCAAGAGGAGUACUUGUGCCAAGCGGGACAAGUGGUUGUGAGGGAUCUUUGUGUCCCCUGCGCACCUGGAACCUACCACUCGUCGGCGACCAACGAAUGUGAACUAUGCCCAAUCGGAGAGUACCAACCACUCACCGCCCGUACCGAAUGUUUCAAAUGCGCUCCAGGGCAGAUAACAGCGUCGGAAGGCGCGAUUUCCGAGGGAGAGUGCAAGGACAACUGCCCGCCUGGCCAUCAAUACGAUCCAUUGACUUCUGGAUGCAUUACAUGUGGUUACGGUUACUUCCAACCCGUAUCUGGAUCCUUUGAGUGCAUCCCAUGUGGAAUCGGGAAGACUACAUUGUCCGAGUUUGCGACAAGCGAGGAUGAGUGUCGCGAUGAGUGCCCUGAUGGCGAACAACUCUCAUCUGCUGGCGUCUGUCAACCGUGCCAAGUCGGAACAUAUCGAUCGAGAGGAGAGAACAAGAAAUGUGUGACGUGUCCACCGGGCACCACCACCGAAUCGACAAUGUCGACAAGACGAGAACAGUGUAAUACGCCGAAAUGCAAGCCCGGACAAUUUUUGGUCAAGGAGACCAAAAACUGUCAAUUCUGUCCGCGUGGAACAUUCCAAAACGAGGAGCAAGAAGCCACCUGCAAGCUAUGCCCCACGGAUCACACCACAACGGCUCCCGGAGCCACAGCCGAGUCCCAAUGCUAUUCAACGAACCAAUGUGCAACAGGAGAGUACAAUUGCUCAUGGCACGCGAAUUGUAUCGAUUUACCCGAUGAAAAUGAUGUACCUAGCUAUGAAUGUCGCUGUAAGCCGGGAUACCGUGGGAAUGGUACACAUUGUACGGAUGCUUGCAAUGAUUUCUGCUUAAACGAUGGAAUUUGCAAGAAAAACAACAUUGGAAACGUCGAGUGCAUUUGUAAGGAGCAUUUUAGUGGCGAUCGCUGUGAGCUACGCUUCCAAACCUCUAAUAAUAAGACAUGGAUCGCGAUUAUCAUUGUUGGAGUCGUUGUGAUUGGAAUAUUCAUUGUCAUUGUUGUAUUCAUCAUCUCUUUCCGUUUCAAUCAUGUACAGGAUGCACAGGAGAAGAGCUCAAAUUUCGCUGACUUGUCGCCAAGUGCCAAUAAUAUACUUUAUGGGACACCGCCAGUUUGCGAACCCCCUCGUGCAUUCGGCUACUACUACGAAGAUGAUGAUGUCUACGAAACAAAGACCCGAGAUAUGAUCGGAAAUGGUUCGGAGCGGCGGCCAACAACAUCUACAGUAACCUCAAUGGGUCAAACCAUGAGCCGAGCCAUCGAGCAGCACAAAUACGACAUCCGCAUGCGACAGGCGCAACAACACAUGUACCAACCC